AAAGAGCGCCAGAUCGUUGUCAAGGACGAAGGCCAGAUUGUUGUCAAGGACAAUGGCCAAGUAGAGUAUAGCGACACGGAUCGCUUGGCUAAAGGCCGCAAGCGCAAGAUUGAAGAUUCACCUCUUGAUCGCCCAAAACGGACCCUGCGUCCCUAUAGCAAUGGCGACUUCAAAAGCCUCUUCCGCCUCUGCCGGUCUUUUAACCAAGAAUACAGGAACAGCAAGCCAAUUUCGGAGGUGGAUUUUAUCUGGAAAUUCAUUGAUAGCAUCGAUAACCCCGGUCUGUCGAGACAUGUUCAGGAGUUGCUGGCCGCUAGCCUCCCCGAGUAUAUAUACACGAGAAAGGAGACACGGAGAAGUAACCAGCACCACAUCAACAUAUCUGGCAAACUCUCAUGGGAUGAAUUUAAAAACGCUCUUGUCAAGACAGCAAUCAUGUGAAGGGCAGAUAGUUGUUUUACGAGACAAGAGAGAGCUUGGCUUCAUGUUGGUGCACUGGCAG